AAAUAAGGGUUAGCGGUGAUUCUAAAGUUGCGUUACUGUUUUAAAAACUUUGUGAACAGUUAUUGUUGUUAUUAAAGAAACCAAUUCGGUCCACUUUGGGCGUCAGGAGAUGAACCGUACAAAAUCUCAUGGUUUUCCCGAGGGCUGGGCUACUGACGAGAAGCUCAGACAGAAGUGGUGGCCACCUCUAAGCCUUUGUCUUGUAGCCUGAUCCACAGGGCAGUGGAGCUGCGUUCCUACAGUUGUUCUUAACAAAAACAGGUUCAGAUAUGAUAGAGAAGAUUUUUAGCUCAGGUGGAUGAGCUGAGCUCAGAGAACAAAACCACAUCAAAAACAGGUUCAUACACCUUUGGAUCCGAUCGAACUAUAGAGCCCAUGUAUAUCAUAGGUUUGAAAUCAGGAUUUUCCAGCUCCUGUAGGUAGACGUACAUACCCACCAAUUCGGCAGUAAGCGCUGGACUUUCGCAUUCGCACUUUAACUUUUGUUAAGCAUUCCCCAGAAUUGUGAAUUCAGUAAGUAGCACUUACAUGACAGAAACUGUGAUAACAUUACACUACACUUGCCGGCAUUUUGGGAUCGCUAGGCUGGUAUCCUAAGUACUUUAUUUUAGCAUCUUUGUUUUAAUAAUUUUGUCAUUGUCGAGAGAGUCCUUAUCGCCCUCCAUGACUCCAUUUAGCAGCCUGCUGCUCUUGUAUAACACUAGAUCUAGUAGGUUAGAGAAGAUUCUGGACCGUCAAAGUUUUGUGCUGUUUCUGUACUCAUUUUUGCUACAAACCACAUUAAAGUAUCUCUGUUAUAUUCUAAUCACUGGUAAGUCAUUAAACUUUUCACUGCACAAUAAAAUAACAACAUAAUGAAGAUUCUGAAGUUGUUUCAAUGUAAAAUCUAAUCUUUUUUAAAAAGGACCCUGAUCCAUUUGAAAUCUGAACAUUUAAUGCCGGAAAUAAAGACUUUCUUAGAGUUGGGUAUCAGUGAUGAGCUUCAAAAAGCAUGUGAUAAUCUGCAAUGGAAAGAGCCGACAGCAAUUCAGAUUUUGUCUAUCCCUCCAGCCUUGGAAGGUAGGAAUCUGGUCGCUCUUGCAGAAACAGGUUCAGGGAAAACUGGAGCUUAUGCACUACCCAUAAUUCAGAAAUUAAUGAGAGAUCCUCAUCCAUUCUUUGCGCUUGUGUUAGCACCAACUCGUGAGUUGGCAGCCCAGGUUCAAGCUCAAUUUAAUGCACUUGGAAAAAUUGUUGGUUUAUCUACCAUCUUGUUGGUCGGUGGUGUCCCUAUCACUCAACAGGCUGAUUUGAUGAAGAAAUCGCCUCCUCAUGUUAUAAUCGCUACACCUGGUCGGUUUGUUGAUCAUUUAAAGAAAACCAAAGGUUUCGACGAGUUAAAGUUCGCGAACUUACGCGUACUAGUAAUCGACGAAGCAGACAGAAUGCUCAGUACUGAUUUCGAAUCUGUCAUUGAGAGGAUUCUUUGUAUUGUUCCUGCACGGCGACAGACAUUUCUAUUCUCCGCGACCAUGACUGAAAAGGUUGGCAAACUUCAACGGACUUCAAUACGCGACCCAGUUCGUGUGUCUACACGUAAAAGCAAAUUUCAAAGUUUGACUAAUUUACGUCAAUAUGUACACUUAGUGCCUCAGUGUGAAAUUGACUCAUAUUUAGUCUAUUUACUUCGUGUUGCACUGUGUCCUGAAAUUCAGGCUCCUGGAUUGGAUUUGAUAAAACUACAGGCUACUACGAUGGCAAACAGUGACUCAAAUGAUCGGCCUUUUAUGUCCACUUCUGUGAUUGUCUUCACACGUACUCGAAUAGCCUGUAACCAACUGAAUUUGCUGUUACGUCAGUUUCUACGUCAGCCUGUUGUAGCACUGAAUGGAGAUAUGCCUCAGGCUCAGCGCUUAGGAGCACUUCAUAAAUUCAAACAGACCCAAGGUGCAGUCCUUGUAGCUACAGAUGUAGCAAGCCGUGGUUUAGAUAUCCCACAGGUUGGUUUGGUCGUGAAUUAUGAUGUCCCGUUAGAUGCGAAAAUUUAUAUGCACCGAGUUGGUCGGACUGCCAGAGCUGGUCGCUUCGGUUGUGCCUUAACAUUGUUAACCCAGUAUUCGGUUACUUUCUUCUUAAAAGAAAUUGAAUCACAUUUAAUAUCUGCUGGGGGUCUUGGUCAAGAGAGAAUACCUGCACUGAUUGAACCCAAUAGUUCAGAAGAUAAAAUGCUUGAAGCAGCAAUUAAAGAAUUGAAUAUGGAAAUAAAAGAGGCUUCUCUUAGAGCGAAUCAAGCGGUUGAAUCAAUGAGAAAACGUUCCAAAGCCAAAGGCUGUACUGUAUUCACAGCUGUUGACGACCUUCCAACACCAAACAGUAAUGACAUAGUCACCAAACCUGGUCUAAAACGAACUGCUUGGGCAUCUGAUGCACCCGUUUCCAAAAGAUUAGAAAUUUCAGAGGUAUUGAAUGCUAUGUCAACUAUUACUGAAGAAGAAGGAACAAAUCAACAAGAUACUACGUCAAUUCAUUUGAGCAAAAAGAAGAAACGCAAAGUGCUCUCAGAUAAGAAAGAUAAUAACAAUAAAAGAAAUAUAUUACAGAAAUUCAAAAAACACAUAAAACACAAAUAAUCAUGACGAGGAAUUAUUGGUAUACAUAUUUUAGUAGAUUCAGUAUAUGUAUCCUUCUUUCAGAAGAACACUUGGCUUGUUUUUCUCCGAAUAUCUGUCUUGUUUCUGUUAAAAUUUGACGCUGGUAAUUUUAUAAGUGAAUGCAUCGUAAAUAAAGAUGGCAUAGGUG